CCGAAAUCCGCAGAGAAGACCUCUAGGUGAAGCAGAUCGCGAGAUCCGCAGCCGCGUAUUUGUGGCGCGCUAAUCAAAGGGGGACGGAAGUGACGUCAGGGGCGUCCCAUGUUACCAUAGAGAAGCCGUCACUGUGACAGCUUGUUCCUGUAUGUAUCAUGUCCACGUUUCGCUGGUCUCGCUCUCUUCAGCUAACACUGGCGGUUAUUAAGCCAGACGCAGUGGCACAUCCGAUUAUAUCUGAUGCUGUACAUCAGAGGAUAAUAGACAACAAGUUCCUUAUAGUAAGGAAUAAGGAACUUCAGUGGAAAGCAAAAGAUUCUGAACAUUUUUACCACGAACAUGCAGGACGCUUCUUCUAUCAGCGGUUGGUGGAGUUUAUGUCAAGCGGUCCAUUGCGUGCAUAUAUACUGGCUCAUGAGGAUGCAAUCCAACUGUGGAGGAAUAUUAUGGGUCCAACAAAAGUGUUCAGGGCCCGUAUUACAGCACCCGAAACUAUCAGAGGUGAUUUAGGAUUGACCGACACACGUAACACAACACAUGGCUCAGAUUCAGUGGAGUCUGCCUGCAGAGAAAUUUCAGUCUUCUUCCCUGAAUUUGAUGUUAGUAAUUGGUAUAAGGAACAGGAGCCUCUAUAUCGUGCUGGACCAAUAUGUUAUGAUGAAGAGACACUAGAGCACCGACUUGUGGAAAAAUGAGCAGGUUCCUGGACUUGCAGUAACGGAAUAGUGUACAGUCUGUAGUGUAAUGUCAGGGGGCGUCUGAAAAUGUUCUUACAGAAGUGAAAGACCUUCUGAUCAGCUCAAAAGUCUGAAAUCUCCGUCAUACAGUUAAGACCGAAGAGAGCUGUGGCAAUACAGUCUGUUCAGAAAUGACCAGUUCACAGUUUAAUUUUUUCAUGGUAAAUGGUUUAUGCUUAUAAACAAAAUACACAUUUCUACAGGAUGAAUAACACAACACAUUAUUAUGCUAACAUGAUGUCUUGCAUUUGUCUUGACAGACCAAGAUAUAUUAUCUUAAAGGAAAAGGUGGCAAGGAGCUAUUAAAGAGGUCCAAUGCAAGGUUAAGUUUAGAUGUCAUGUUGGCACACUAAUUUCUUAAGAAUAUGACAGUCACAUAGAAAUAUAGUGAAAGACUCUGAUAAUAACCUAAUUGAAAAGAUUGGUUUUGGCACAAACUUUAAAGGGGUACUACCCUGGAAAACUUUUUUAUUUAUUUAUUUUUAAAUCAACUGAUGCCAGAAAGUUAAACGGAUUAGAAAAUUCCUUUUUUUAAUUUAAUUUAAUAAUAUUAAUCCUUCCAGUACCUAUCGGCUGCUGUAUGUUCCAGAAAGUUACUUUCUUUUUGAAUUUCCUUUCUGUCUGACCACAGUGCUCUCUGCUGACACCUCUGUCCAUGUCAGGAACUGUCCAGAGUACAUGUAAAUCCCCAUAGAAAAGCUCUCCUGCUCUGGACAGUUCCUGACAUGGACAUAGGUGUCAGCAGAGAGCACUGUGGUCAGACAGAAAGGGAAUUCAAAAAGAAAAGAACUUCCUGUGGAGCAUAUAGCAGCUGAUAAGUACUGGAAGGGUUAAGAUUUACAAAUCUGUUUAACUUUCUGCCAGCAUGUAGGUCCACCUGUGUGGCCGGCAACAUAUCAGCCAACUUGGGUGGGGCUCAUAGCUUUCCUGCCUCCUCCAACUGUAUGUGUGCCCAGCCACACUGUAGUGAAAUGGGAGCAGACUGUGAGUCGGACCUAAUGCCUCUGUAAUUGCUCACUGGCCCCUGUUUUGCUUAUCACGCACAAGUAGGUUUAGUGUUAGGUCCCGUGCCACUUGAGAAACCUUGGCGUUGGUGUGCGGGCUCUGGUAUGUCCUUCAUACAAGGAUAUACUGGCUAACAUCUCAAUUUUAACAUUAGUUUUGAGGGUUAGCUAAUGUCAUUGUUUACAUCUACCACAGUAGUGCACCUAAAUGUAUGUAUUAUUCUAUAUGUUACACAUCCACACCGUUUAUCUGGUGUAGGAUUCUAUUGUGACACUUGUAGUCUGCUGCAGGCAUCCUCCAUUGUAUGCAUUUUUAUGCUGGGGCUCACGCCUAGCAACAGACUAUAAGGGCAGGAUCUGCUCCCCCAGUAUAAAUGCACAACCGCAUUUGGGGUUGAGAACCUCCUGCUUUUUGAGACCACGUUUUUUUCUUGUUGUUCAAAUCUUAUAAACAAAAUACACAUUUCUACAGGAUGAAUAACACAACACAUUAUUAUGCUAACAUGAUGUCUUACAAGAUAUAUUGGCCCUCAUUUACUAAAGGAUUCACAACUGUUUUUAUCUGUUUGUGCGCCUAAAUUUCUGUCACAACAACCAUGCGACCAAAUGUGCGGUCAAAAUUUACACAACAAAACCGACAGUUUUGCAAACACUCAGUUUUUUGUUUUAACCUAGAAAAGGGGUGCUGUUUUUGUUAAAAGGGGCAUGGUCCCGACAAAAAGCUAAAAACACCCUGAGUAAGUUGGAAUACACUCUGUACAUUGUAUGAAUUGUUUGCUGAAAAACCGACAGCCAAGAGGAUGUGUAAAAACUACCAAAAGCGAGUGAUUUUGGUAAAGGCACAGCUUAACGUGGUUUAACUAUUCGCUCUUUUUUUUCUCUCAUUGUUUUACGCUAGGAUUUUUAGAAUAUGCAAUGCUAAACUUUAUGCCUUUUAAUU